AAAACUAGAGCCUCAAUAUUACAUAAUACCGAGCCGGACCUCGAACUACCUGGAUAUUGUCAAAAUUGGCUAUCACGACCCGAAAAAAUCUGCAUUAUACAUUAGUACCUUCCAAAAUAAGACCCGGACAUUACCGGAGCAGCUAGAGAGUUCCUCUUCUUUAAUCUGCCAAGUUCAUCAACUUUCGUCCAUUAGGCCAUCCAUAUGUACAGCAAUAAAUAUGAAUCUCAACUUGUCUGGAACCUUCAACGUUUUUAAGUUGUUCACCAAGCACUCAUUAUGUCUUCCUCACGCAACAGCGCCUACAUUCAAUGAUAUACCAACGCCUUUUAGUGAAGCCUUUGAUGGGGGUGGCAAGAAAAUAGAUAUUCGGGCCGUAGUGCUUGAUAAAGACGAUUGCUUCGCUUAUCCCAACUCCAACGAAAUAUACCCUUCUUAUUUGGAACGAUUCCGCCGACUUCAAGAAGAAUAUCCCGGUCGACGUCUUCUUAUAGUGUCUAAUACGGCCGGUGCGAGUACUUAUGACCGUGAUGGACGUCUGGCAAAAGAACUCGAGAAGGCUACCGGGGUUCCAGUCCUGGCCCAUAGAGUUAAAAAGCCCGGCUGUGGUGACGAAAUACUAGCUUAUUUCAAAGCCUAUCCCGAAGCUGGCGUAACCCAUCCAAGCCAAAUUGCCAUCGUAGGAGAUCGUCUGAUGACUGAUAUGAUGCUGGCCAAUUUGAUGGGGAGCUGGGGUCUAUGGAUUAAGGAUGGCAUCAAACCGUUAGAAAAGAAGAGCGUGUUUUCUAAAUUCGAACAGCGACUUGGGCCAUUUUUGAUAGCGCGUGGUUAUCGUACCCCUAAUCCUCAAUCCCCGUUCGAGUAACUUUCCUCUAUUUUGAGUCAAGUCUCAGCUUGAACGAUAUUAACCAUACGAGUGGUGACACCCUUUUAUCUGAAUAAGCAUCCAAAUAAAAGGUAAUCAUGAUUUUUCCGAGGUCCGAAGAAAACGAAGAUAUCCUUGUAAAUAUGUUAAGCAGAUUCAACCUUCCUGUUAGAUCUUCCCACGAUGUGAUAUCUGAAGGCCAGGAAAUAGGCUGACCAAGAUGUUUCCAUUCUCAACGAGAUAUUGUAAAAUAAUAAAAAAAUAAUACAUUGCCUGUUUUAAUUAA